AUGGUAAUUAAGAUGGAAUAUCACCACCAUCGCUUUAUGAAGUUUAUUGUUGUGGUGCGGGCCUCGACUAAAAAAAACAUCCCUUCCUCAAGAUCUCAGGCAAAACCUUUCUCCUCUCAUCUCGGUUACUAUCGGUCACUAUCGGCCACUCUCGGUUUCUCUCAGAAACUCUCUGUUUUAUUCCGCUUUACUCCAGCAUGUUUUUUCCAACUUAUUCCCAAUUUUCCAUCUUCUUCCCCACUAUGUUCUCUAGAUCAUUCUCUCCCCCCAGUAGAGACAAAAAGAAAACAUAUGAUUUAUCCCGCAUCUUUGCGAAGACGUGGCUAA